AUGGAGGUGGCCAUGGAGGAUAGCGGGAGAAGUGAAGCAGGAGAGUCAAGCCAGGACGUGCUUAAUGGUUUGUCGGUGGCGUUUGACGCGCGUGCGGCACUCGCGGCUCCGCGGUCUGCGGUGACCAUGCCGUUCCCUCGAGCGCUGGCGCGAGACAACAUCGCUGCUUGCCGGAGGCUUGUCCCACCUGAGCUGAUCAAGGCAAAGGCCAAGCGAGGCGAGAGCAAGAGAUCGGGCAAAGGCCAUCUGGCGACCGCAUCGUGGACAGAAACCGUCAUCAGAAGGUCCAAGAACGCUCGAGCAAAUGCAGGUCGUCGCAGAGCCACGGCGGCCGAGCGUGAAGCUCGUGUGGCAGCUCUGCGCGCCCAUCGGCCACCGAUGGCUGAUCUCAUUGCCGGAACUCACCCGCCGGGCCCGCUCGACGCGCUCGUCGCUGCCUACGAGGCGGGCGCCUGCGUCCGGGUCGGCAUUCGCGCGCUGAGCGCGAUGCGCGGGACCUGGGUCGGCACCCUCGUUGCCUUUGACAAACAUCUUAAUCUGGUCCUUGCUCGCGCCACCGAGAGCUACCGUCUGUCUGCUGAUGCGCCUGACACCGCUCUCCGCACUCGCUAUCUCCCGCAAGUCUUUGUACGUGGCGCAUCGGUCGUGUAUGUCUCACUCGCACCGACCGAGCCGCGUACGUGA